AGCUUUUUUCGGCAGCGGGCCUGAUCUUCUUAGAAUACCGGAAUGAGAUUUCAGGACGUAUGAAAGUUAUUUAUGAUUAAUUUGGAUCUGGAUAACAACAUGUUCAAGAGAAUUUUGAUAAAUAUGUAUAGUGAUUAUCGAGAGAUGGUUCUUAAGCAAAUUGAAUUUGAAUGGGUAAUGAGGGAUGAGGUACACUCUAUACUCAGAAAGUUAAGGGAAAUAUUAGUGGAAUGUGCUCGCCGCUUCCCGGUACCCUUAUACGAUAAUGAGGGCAAGCGUACAGAAAAAUUCCAUUUAGUAGCAGCCCAGGAACAAUUAAAAUGUUCGGUAACUUUGACGGGUGAUAGUAUAACACAAGCGGACAUCAGUUUCAAAUUAAAACGUUCCUCUAGUCAAGUUCAACGUACUGCUAUUACUUCAGAUGCCCCCUGGAAAUUGCAACAAGUACAAGACGCUGCCAAUCAUUUGCAACAGGCCAUCAAUCACAUCGAUAAUGUCGAUGAGAAUUAUAAAUUUCGAUCAUCCGAGGAAGUUUUACAAAUAAUCACCGAACUAAUAGGAGCUUUACAACGUGGACGCACUAGUCUUAUAAUACCAAAGAAAAAAUCUAUAGAUGAUUUAAUGAAAGGACGAAAUAUGAAAUCUUUAUCGCCCAAUCUACCCGAAGAUCAAGCAAUAUCAUUUUUCUUACAAUGUCAUAAAUUGAUUAUAGCAGUCUAUCAAUUGCUAAAUGUUCAGGGUACUAUGAAAAUGGAGGCAACACAGGCCGAAUGUUCGGUAGGUUGGCUUAAUGAUGUUUUAGUAUUAUUUACCGUUGGUUUGACUUUGUGUCAACAGCUUAAAGAUAAAAUGAAUGCAUUUAAAAUGGAUACCAUAAGUUAGUAAAAUUUAUGUUUAAAUGUUUUCACAAAAUUACAAGAGAAAAAUCCCCCAUUUAUUUCUGUUUAUAUAAAUUUUAUUUAGCAAAUAUAUAAAAAAAAACUAAGCCAAGUUCAUACAUACAUACAUUUAGAAAUAUGUAUGUAUGUCACUAAUUAAUGUACUUAUACUACAAACAACAACAAAAAUAACUACAAACAGUAUGUGAAUGUAUUAAUUAUUGUACUUAAGCUAUUUAAACAAAAAAAAAAAAAAAUAGUUAUUAAGUUUAUUAAGUUAAACGUGAACUUGAAAUGGACAAGAGUCCAGUGAAGGACUCUACUUACUUACUUCAUUUUAACUAAAACAAAAGCAAUUUGUUUCUUUGUUUUUAUUUUAGAAAACAUAACAAAAAUAAUCCUAAUUAAAUAAUUAUAAAAAAAUGCAUUGCUAAAAAAUGGUUAGUAACUAAAGUAAAAUAUUUAAAGAAAUAAAUUAAACAAUGCAUACAAUAAUGACAAUAACAUUUAAGCAAGAUUAUUUAAAUAAUAGUAGAAACCAAAUAAAUAACGUAAAGCUUAUAAAUUAAGUAAAAAGCUUUUAUGUUUAAUUGAAAACCCCCGCCCUCCGUUUCAAAAAAUUCCAAAUUUUAAUGCUUUUAACCGUUAAAUUUGAAGUUUAUUAAACAGUAUUUUUUUUAAAAACAAAGAUCUCAACUUAUUUGCUUUUGUUUAUUUAUUAUAAUACAAACCUGCCUACUUGCCAGUAUAUUAUUUUCUUUAAUUCUUUAAAAAUCUUUUAAAAACGGCUCAAUUUUUAAAUUAUGUGUCAAUUUGAAAGUUUAACUAAAAAAAAAAUCUUAAAUUUAUCUUUAUUGUGUACUUUAGCGAAUUUACAGUGUGACAAAAAAAGUUAAAAUUUAUUAAAAUUUUUAUUUUUUAAAUAGUUAUAACUAAAAAUACAAAACGAUUUUAAUUAACAGAAACACGUAAACACAUUUUUAGUUGUAAAGUACAAGAGUUAUGAGACUUUUAAUCGCGCCCUAUAUGUUUUGGUCUGAAUAUUUGAUAGAAGAAGUAACAACAACAAGAAAUUAUAAAAAUAACUCACAAUUCGAAUACUCUACUUUGUUCAAACCUACUCGUUUCAGUAUACCAUGACGCUCCAGUGAAAACAUCAGUCAUGAUCUUACCAAUG